CGAAUAAGUGAGAAUGGGCAUGAGACUCGAUGUGGAAGGAAGCCGUUUUAAAGCAGGUAAAUUAAGUGGUAGAUAAAGGGCAGGAAAGCAGACUGCUAAAUCACUCCGUGGUUGUCUUCGAGUCUACUUGUCACGUCUUUGUUAAUACGAACCUUAACCACCGUCGAAAAGAGAAACAUGAACAGGAAAAUUGGAAGAGUAAACACACGUACACACUGAUAACCAUCCUACAAUUCGCUCUUGGAGACGACAGUCCAGGCUGGCAGGAGAGAGGACAUCCGCGCUGUGACCUCAGCCCCUGUAGCGGACAGUAGGCUGGCCCCCGUGGCUGUACUUUAAAUCCUCACUGAGAGCCUGGCAGACAAAUCUUCGACGUCAGAAAACGUAAUUGACAACCUAUCGCUUUCUCCUUCCGGUCUAACACUCCGCCCCAGCUCGUUCAAGGAGGCGUGUCUGACCUUGCCUUUAGAGGAGGUGCCCGAGGUCUCUCGGACCCUCCUCUAUCGCUUCCAGCUCUGCCCCUCAACUUCCGGCCUCCGCAAAUAAUACGGCGUUUAAUAAUAAUUGGCCGGAAGUUCCCAACCAGGCUUCCGGGAGGCCCUUUUAAACCUGCGCGUGCGCCAGACGGGGCUUGGCUAGGUCUCGCCCCUAUUGCCGAGCUGCACGGUGUCGCGAGACUUGCUCCGUCCGGAACUUCCGGCUCUUGUCCGCUUCGGACGUCCGGCUGUAGCUAUGCGGUCAAGGUUUCUUCGGAGUGCUUUUCAGUGGGCCCGGCAGGCUGCUGGCCCGGCCCGCCGACACGUUAGCUGCGGUAGCCUUCCACUGGAAGAGCUAUUCGCCCGCGGCGGACCCCUACGGACCUUCCUCGAGCGCCAGGUAGGGUCUGAAGUCCAGUUGCAGGUCAGGCGGCCUGAGCUGGUGGCGGUGGCCAAGCUUCUGAACGAGAAGGAACAGGAGCUGCAGGAGACCGGGCACCUGCUACAUGAUGAAGAUGAAGACUUAAGGAAACUUGCAGAGAGUGAAAUAACUUCAUGUCAGAAAGAAAUAGCUCAAUUGAAGCAUCAGAUUAUCUUACUUUUGGUUCCCUCGGAAGAAACGGAUGAAAGUGAUUUGAUCCUGGAGGUAACUGCAGGAGUUGGGGGUCAGGAGGCAAUGUUGUUUACCUCAGAGAUAUUUGAUAUGUAUCAGCAGUAUGCUGCAUUUAAAGGAUGGCAUUUUGAAACCCUGGAAUAUUUUCCAAGUGAAAUAGGUGGCCUUAGACAUGCAUCUGCCAGCAUUGGGGGUUCAGAAGCCUACAAGCACAUGAAAUUUGAAGGAGGUGUGCACAGAGUACAGAGAGUGCCCAAGACAGAGAAGCAAGGCCGCAUCCACACCAGCACCAUGACUGUGGCGAUCUUACCCCAACCUACUGAGAUUAAUCUGGUGAUUAAUCCUAAAGAUUUGAGGAUUGAUACUAAGCGAGCCAGCGGAGCUGGGGGGCAGCACGUAAAUACCACAGACAGUGCUGUCCGGAUAGUUCAUCUCCCGACAGCUGAAACUCUGCAGGAUAAUUACAAAGCCAGAAAGAGGGAGGGAUCUAAGCCCAGGUAAUUUCCAUGUUAGUGACUAUAUCAUUAAUUUAAAAAAAUCCUCACAAUGACGUAAUAUCAUGGGUUCUUCUUUAUCAAAAAAUGGUCUAAAUCACUAGUUCUUACCCUUUUUUGGAGGGAGGAGGAGAUGGAUUCCUUUGAGAAAAUGAAAGCUUGGACCUGCUACCCAGAAAAACAUGCUUAUAUGCAAAGUUUUGCAGGUAAUUUCAGGGGCUUCUUUCCAUUAAGUCCAUCUGCAGACAUCUAGGGGUUCUGUCUUAAUUCUGGACAGUAAGGCAAUGGAGCUAUGACUCAAUAUUCCUUAAGACUUCAAAAUACUAUUAGUGUACAAUACACUAGUAUUAAACGUGUUUUUACUGUUGAUUUACAUGUGAGAAAGAGCAUAUGGUUAACAGACCUCCGUUGUCUAGAAAGAAUACAAGAACCGCCUACUGUAAAUGAUCUCAGUCAUAAUUCCUGUUGACUGAGAGUGGCUGAUGGGAGUGCUGGGGUCAUUUUCUUCUUUUUUAAUAUGAGGAAAUCCUCACGUUAAACUUGAAGAUGAUGUCUUAUGUAAUACAUAUUAUAUAAACAGGAAUAGGAAAAAAAGUGGAUGGAAAUACUCAAAAAUAUUAAUAGUGACUAACUCUGGUAAUAAGCUUAACUUUUAUAAUUCAGUUUGUAUAAUGAGUAGUUAUUACUUAAAAAAAAAAUUAUGGUGACUAGCUGAAAGUACCAGAAAAUAAUCCAUUUUAAAUGACUAAUGCUUAUUGCUUAGUAUAUAUGCCUUCAAUAUGGAAAUACUUUGAGCUAUAACUCAAAUUUUCAGUUUUCCGAUAACUGUAAAAGUUACUUGUUAAGUUUACAGUCUUCCUUUUUUAUAUUAGAGUCCUAUUUUUUCCCUUU